AUGGAAUUCAAAAGCUUUGUGGAUUUCAAGGAGUUGCUCGUCGCCGUUUUGGCAUUCGUAUUCUUCUUUAAUAUCGUGGCUGCAAUUUUACUGUUCAUCUACAAUGGGCGCAGCAAUCAGGACAAGACUGCAAUCAAAGAUUGUGGAUAUCUGUCGAUGGCAAUGGCACUAGCCGUGGUGGGAAUAGGCAUUUUCUUCGCGAAAAGACCACCUUCAGCAGAGUUCGAACAAAAACGAAGAGGUCCAGAGGCGAUCCCACUUCAAUUUGGAAACAUGGGUGCUCAACCUGCAGCCCCAGGUCAAGAUUACUUUGAUCCGCCACCACGUUAG